AUGGCUGAAUUUCUUAUUUCAAAAGGAGCAAAUAUCAAUGAUAAAGAUGAAUUUGAACUAACCCCUCUUUAUGUUGCAGUAGAAAAUAAUAGUAUAGAAACAGUUAAACUCCUUAUUUCACAUGGUGCAAAUAUCAAUGAAAAAGAUAAAUAUGGAAGUACUGCUCUUCAUAUUGCAGCAGAAAAAAAUAAUACGGAACUAGCCGAACUCCUUAUUUCACAUGGUGCAUAUAUCAAUGAUAAAGAUCAAUUUGGACAACCUCCUCUUCAUAUUGCAGUUUUGAAAAAUAGUAAAGAAACAAUCGAACUCUUUAUUUCACAUGGUGCAAAUAUCAAUGAAAAAGAUAAAUUUAAAAAACGGCUCUUCAUAUUACAGCAGAAACCAAUCUUAAAGAAUUAG